UGCCAUAUUUAAUCUUUUGAACGAGCGAACCCUAUUACAUUUUUUUUUCGAUCUAGUAAUCCCUAUUAUCAGCUGCAACAGGUUAUGUUUUGGCCCCCUUUUUCUAAACAAAGAAAGCCGGGAGAGGACAACAUUGAAGGAUGAGUUCCUUCCGAUUUUAUUCCAAAAUAGCGCCAAAGGAAAUAUAUCCGCGGUCAACAAUCAAGAUAUUUCGUAGCAAUAAGAAAGUGGAGAAGCAGCCAAUCACCAAAGCAAACACAAAACCCCCUCCACAGGAGGCAGUUGCAAAUGCGACAAUAUCUGCAAAAGAAGACACUAAACCAACAAAAACUCAGACCCAUGAGACAAUUCCUCCAAAAGAAGAACCAAAACGGACAACAAAAGGAAACACAGUAGCAAAUAAUGUAUUUAAUAAGGUUCCCAAGCCACGAAACAGUGAAUAUUAUGAAAAUCUGGUCAAAAUUCAAAUGCUCUCAAGUGGUUUGCACAAACAAAUAUUUCCCAAUUCGAGACGAGAUGAUACCUCAAAUAUUUCCAACACCAAGGAAUCAAAAAUUAAAGAAGAUUUACAGCGACAUGGUAUUGAUAUUGAAAGUACCGAAACACUGGAAGAUGUAGAUUUGAAAUUACCACCUCUUAAGGGGAAAAAUAUUGAGGAACAUUUCAUGGAAAUUGGCAGGGAACAGGUGAAAGCCUACAAGGAGCUUCUAAUGCCCUUGGUUAAUAUCAAAACUCUUCCACGUAAACCAGAGAAAUGGUCCUUACAAGAAGGCUGGACAAUAUAUGAUCCUGGGACAGGUACUGGACGUUCCAUAGAUUAUCCCCAGGAAGACGGUCUGGUGUUCGAUGUGGAGGUAUGCCUGGCCGAGGGGCCAAUGCCGACGCUUGCAACUGCUGUCAGUGAAAAACAUUGGUACUCCUGGGUCAGUCCACGACUGGCUGCCGAGCAGCCCGAAAUGAAAGUAAGUCAAAAAAUACCCCACCACACAACAGAUGAGUUAAUACCAUUGGGUCGGAGAGGACCAAAAAUUGUAAUAGGCCACAAUGUCUCCUAUGACCGGGCUAGAUUAAAGGAACAGUAUCUUUUGGAAGAUACAAAAGUCCGUUUCUUGGACACCAUGUCCUUACACGUGUGUGUCAGUGGUGUUACAAGCUAUCAAAGAGCCCUGAUGAAGUCCAAAAAAGAACCCGCUCCCGAGGAUUUGGAAUGGCUGAGUCAAAGCUCUUUGAAUAGUCUGACGGAAGUACACCGUUUGUAUUGUGGCGGUAAGCCAAUAGACAAAGAAGAACGCAAUAUUUUUGUGGAAGGCACAUUGCAAGAUGUACGCCAGGAAUUUCAAUCUCUGAUGACGUAUUGUUCAAAUGAUGUGGCAGCCACUCAUCGUAUUUUGCAAAAAUUGUUCCCCCUAUUCGAGGAAAGAUUUCCACAUCCUGUAACCUUGGCUGGUAUGCUGGAAAUGGGUUCAGCCUAUUUGCCGGUCAACAAAAAUUGGUUGCGUUACAUAAAUGAAUCUGAUUUGGCCUAUGAAGAUCUUAGCAUAGAAGCAAAAUACCAUUUGGCCAGUAGGGCAGAUGAGGCUUGUAGUCUAAUGGAAGGGGAAAAAUAUAAGAAUAAUCUAUGGCUAUGGGAUGAAGAUUGGUCUACCCAAGAGCUGAAAAUGAAGAAGCCUCCCAGUAAGAAAUGUCAAACCAAAGUGGAAGUGGAUAAUCCAUUUCCCCCCGAUCAGGAACUCAGCGAUGAGGAAAAACGUUUGUAUAAGAAAUUUCAAUAUUUAUAUGAAACAAAGUCCCUCUUACCGGCUCGAAGGCCAUUAUUACCCGGCUAUCCUGCUUGGUAUCGGAAGUUGUGUCAAAAACCACCCAAACAUGAUGAUGACAGCGAUUGGAAACCAGAGCCCACGGAAAUAAGUACUGGUAUGCAAAUUGCUCCAAAAUUACUUUCUUUGUGCUGGGAAGGUUUUCCCCUACAUUACAAUCGCGAACAUGGUUGGGGUUUUUUGGUACCCUUCACCACAAAACAUUCUGAAGACGAUGAGAUGCAGGGUUCCGUGCGAGUACCCAUCGAAGAACUUGCCAAACAAUGUCCCAUACCGGAUUUUGCCCGCAACUAUGCCUCACAAGAAGAAAGUGAAUAUGCAUUUGAUAAUUUGCACAAAGAGUUGGAUGCAAAAUUGGGAAGACGAGACUUCUAUAGCAAAGCUCCCAAGAAAAAUCACACUGAAGGUCUAUACAAAGGCUCCGGAGUGUGGUGCAAUCAAAUCCUGGACAACUGCUGUUUCUUUUUAAAGCUACCGCACAAAAAUGGCAAAAGCUUAAGGGUAGGCAAUCCUCUAUCCCGGGAUUUUCUGAAUAAGUUUUCGGAAAAUGUGCUGACCAGUGCCGACUCGAGUAGCAAUGUGGCUGGUCGUAUUAUCAAAAUAGCUCGCAUGAUGUCAUAUUGGCGUAACAAUCGUGAUCGGAUUAUUGGACAAUUGGUGGUAUGGCUGACACCGAAUGAACUACCGGAUGGUUUAAGAGCUCUGGAUUAUGAAUAUGGAGCAAUUUGUCCACAAGUCGUGACAUGCGGUACACUAACGCGUCGAGCUAUGGAACCCACUUGGAUGACGGCCUCCAAUUCCCAAACCGAACGUAUUGGUUCCGAGUUAAGGGCCAUGGUGCAGGCUCCACCAAAUUACAGAAUAGUUGGGGCCGAUGUGGACUCGCAGGAGCUAUGGAUUGCCUCGGUUCUGGGUGAUGCCUAUGCCUAUGGCAUACAUGGUGCCACCCCUUUGGGUUGGAUGACCCUUAGUGGCACCAAGGCGAAAGGCAGUGAUAUGCAUUCUAUAACUGCCAAAGCUGUGGGCAUUUCCAGGGAUCACGCAAAGGUUAUAAAUUAUGCCAGGAUUUAUGGAGCUGGACAAAAUUUUGCUGAAGGUUUGCUCAAGCAAUUUAAUCCCACAUUUUCGUCAACUGAGGCACGUUCCAAGGCUAUGAAAAUGUUUGCCAUUACCAAGGGCAAAAAAUCCUAUAGGCUAAGAAAAGAAUUCCAGGAGGAUUAUGAAAAUAGGAGCUACUCCGGUUAUGAAGCUUUGAAAUUGGCCUCUUCGAACAAUCGUGGUGUGGAAGAAAUGUUUGAAAAAGCCCGUUGGGAGGGUGGCACAGAAAGUGCCAUGUUCAAUCGUCUGGAAGAGAUAGCCAGCGGUGAUGAACCAGUAACGCCUUUUCUAAGCGGUCGCUUGAGUCGUGCCCUAGAGACAAAUGGCACAUCCGAUGAAAAUCGUUUUCUACCCACCCGCAUCAAUUGGGUGGUCCAGAGUGGAGCUGUGGAUUUUCUGCAUUUAAUGUUGGUUUCAAUGCGUUGGCUUUUGGCCGACAAGGCAAGAUUUUGCUUAAGUUUUCACGACGAAUGUCGCUAUUUGGUUGAGGAGAAAUAUGCCUAUCAGGCAGCAUUGGCAAUGCAUAUUACCAAUUUGCUGACACGGGCAUUUUGUUCCUCACGGCUGGGUUUGACCGAUCUACCCAUGUCGGUGGCAUUUUUUUCUUCCGUCGAAGUUGAUACGGUAUUGCGCAAGGAAUGUACCAUGGAUUGUGUGACACCAUCGAAUCCUCAUGGUCUGAAGGUGGGCUAUGACAUACAACCCGGUGAAAGUUUGACUGUUUACGAGGCCAUUAAAAAGUCGGGUGGUAACGAUUUGACCAAGUGGCAGUGGAUCAGCUACAAAUAGUACUUUUUUU